AUGCUUUCGAUUGCGCUUCUGCUCUUGGUUGGUCUUGUGGUCGCUCAACAACCGCGACCUUGUACAUCUCCAUCUCAAUGGGAAGCACGUAUCUUCAGUCAUAUUAACAAUGAGAACAUUACCGUACAAGGCAAGUUGAGCUACGAUUCAGUGUAUCAACGUGAACGAUUCAUCGAACAAGUUGUUAUUGGUGAUGACUAUUACUACGAGACUAUCGCCUUAUUUCAAGUUCGUCUCGAAUUUGUGAUCAACUUGACGGCACGAAAUUGCUCACGCCUUCCACUUACACGACCAUGGCGUGACUUCUCUAUCCGGCCAGAUGCUCACUCGUACGGCGAAGCAUACAUAGGCUCUUCUGCCUCACCAAGUACCGGUCUGCUUAUUACUUUUUGGGGUGGCAAUUACACGACGCCAUCGAAUGACACUGUCAACUAUAUUGGCACGUGGACUUAUGAAGCCUGUCUUCCAGUCUCUCACACGUCUAUGCAUCCCAAAUAUGGCAUAACUCAUGACUCAUUCUACGAUGUUUCUGGCGGUAUUAGUGAUCCAAAUGUGUUCAUUCCACCUCGAGAAUGUCUGUCUGACAAAGAAUACGCCAUUCGGCACACUCUCUUUGGCGCUUCUCCAAAGUAG